CUGCUCGAGGCCGGACUGCGGCGCGAGGGCGGCGCGGGAGCGACACGGGCGCGGACCGAGGAAGCUAUGCCCCAGACAUCCGUGGUCUUCUCCAGCAUCCUCGGGGCCAGCUGUAGCGGACAGGUGCAGCCCAGUAUGGGGGAGCGGGGAGGUGGUGCCGGCAGCAUCUCCGGAGACCUCAUUUUUCAAGAUGGACGCCUUAUCUCUGGGUCCCUGGAGGCCUUGAUGGAGCACCUGGUCCCAAAGGUGGACUACUAUCCUGAUAGAACCUACAUCUUCACGUUCCUCCUGAGCUCCCGGGUCUUUAUGCCCCCUCAUGACCUGCUGGCCCGGGUGGGGCAGAUCUGCCUGGAGCAGAGGCAGCAGCUGGAGGCUGGGCCUGAGAAGGCGAAGCUGAAGUCCUUCUCCACCAAGAUUGUGCAGCUGCUGAAGGAGUGGACAGAGGCCUUUCCCUACGACUUCCAGGAUGAGAAGGCCAUGGCUGAGCUGAAGGCGAUCGCACACCGAGUCACUCAGUGUGAUGAGGAGAACGGCACCGUGAAGAAAGCCAUUGCCCAAAUGAUUCAGAGCCUGCUGCUGUCUCUGGCUGCCCGCAGCCAACUCCAGGAGCUACGGGAGAAGCUCCGGCCACCGGUCAUGGACAAAGGGCCCGUCCUAAAGGCCAAGCCACCAGCCACCCAGAAGGACAUCCUGGGAGUGUGUUGUGACCCCUUGGUGCUGGCCCAGCAGUUGACUCACAUUGAACUGGAGAGGGUCAGCAGUAUCCGCCCCGAGGACCUGAUGCAGAUCCUCAGCCACAUGGACUCCCUGGACAAUCACAAGUGCCGAGCAGACAUGACGAAGACCUAUAGUCUGGAGGCCUAUGACAACUGGUUCAACUGCUUAAGCAUGUUGGUGGCUACUGAGGUGUGCCGGGUGCUGAAGAAGAAACACCGGACCCGCAUGCUGGAGUUCUUCAUCGACGUGGCCCGAGAGUGCUUCAAUAUCGGGAACUUCAACUCAAUGAUGGCCAUCAUCUCCGGCAUGAACCUCAGUCCAGUGGCACGGCUGAAGAAAACGUGGUCCAAAGUCAAGACAGCCAAGUUCGAUGUCUUAGAGCACCACAUGGACCCGUCCAGCAACUUCUGCAACUACCGCACAGCCCUGCAGGGGGCGACGCAGAGGUCUCAGACGGCCAACAGCAGUCGCGAGAAGAUUGUCAUCCCUGUGUUCAACCUCUUUGUUAAGGACAUUUACUUCCUGCACAAGAUCCACACCAACCACCUUCCCAAUGGACACAUUAACUUCAAAAAAUUUUGGGAAAUCUCCAGACAGAUCCAUGAGUUUAUGACAUGGACACAGGUCGAGUGUCCCUUUGAGAAGGACAAGAAGAUUCAAAACUACCUGCUCACGGCACCCAUCUACAGUGAGGAAGCUCUCUUCAUCGCCUCCUUUGAAAGCGAAGGUCCUGAGAACCAUAUGGAAAAGGACAGCUGGAAGGCCCUCAGAACCACUCUCCUGAACAGAGCCUGAGGACGCAACUGGAGCUGCUGGAUGAAGCCCGCUCGUGAACCAAGUUUGAAUCUUGACAGAUACAGGAUGAGAUGAGGAGACCUCACUGGUUGGGGUCCAUUUUGUAUAUAACUUUUAUGAAAAAGAAAAUGGUAAUUAUUUCAUGCAUCAACCUUUGGCACUUACAAAGUUUUUUUGUUUUUGUUUGUUGUUGUUAUUGUUAUUUAUUUUAAACAGGGCGGGGCCCUGCUUUGGGGAGGGAUGGGGAAAGAGUAUCAUGGGAGAUGGUAUCCAUGGUAACACCUUAUUCUAAUGAAAUGCAGAUUUUUAUUUUUUACUUUUGAUUAUUAACAUCUUAUGAGAAAAAAAAAAAAACUAUUUAAAAUAAC